AUGCAAUGGGCUCGCAAUCAGCUUGAACUCAGGCCAAAGCAAGAAAUCGAUAAGACAACUGGCCGACUUGUCAAAACCGUAAUAAGCAUUAGACAAUGUGUUGAGCCGUCGAGUUGGCCUCCGCUGCUGCCGCGGCGCGAACGCGAGAUAGACGCCGGCUCAACCCACUUUCCCUUCAGUCGGAAGCUGCUGCCCUCGCGUGAAUAUAAGCAGGCUUGUACGUCUAUGUGCAACUGUAUGCGGCCUCGUCGUGGAAAACGCCCUGAGUGUCGAUUCUACCAAUACCACGUAGAGGCUAAAAAUAACUCUAAUUCUGAUUGGCUGUUAUUCAAUUAUCGUUUGCGCUGUGCCGGUCAGGUCACCAAGUCGACUUUUCUUAUUCUCAUUCUCUCUCGGUUACCUAUCGCUCUUGCGUCUUGUCGGCUCGCCAGUCUACCGUGCAGCCUCUCCCUCUCCCUCUCUCAUUCUCGUUCUCUCUCUACAUCACGCGCACGCACGCACGCUCCUUUCAGUUGA